AUGGAACAAAACGCCAACUUCAUGGCAGAAGAGGGUAUAGUAUGGAGAAAUACGAUUCCCAAAGCACCAUGGGGCGGAGGUGUAUACGAAAGGAUUAUAGAACCUAAAAUCAUAAAUAUAAAUGCUUAUAUAUUGGACUAUUUAACAGAGAAAUUACAAAUUAUUGCUCCAACUUCUUAUGAUAUAAAUUAUAUCACACGUCAGAAGCAAUUAGAUGAGUCGGAAGGGUAUCAAGUUUGUUGGCCAUGGAAAGAUUCAAAAGUUAACUUACAAAAUAAUUAUGGUUUUUGCUAUGGACGAUUAAAGACGCUAAUCAAACGACUUCAAAGCAACCAGUCAUUGCUCGAACGUUAUAACGAGAUAAUCAAGGAGCAAUUACAAUCUAACAUUAUUGAGAAAGUGACAACAAAUAUGGAUCAAGAAGGUAUUAUACAUUAUUUGCCUCAUCAUGAA